UCCCUUCCAUCUCAAUCUCUUUCCAAUUUUCGCACCACUUUCUAGUUUCACACACAAUAUACACACGAACACAAAACUAUUAACACGCUUUGGUUUCACCUUUUCUAAAACACACGCUUUCUCUUUCUCCCUCUAGAGUAUAGCUAGAAAUUAAACUAAAUUCAUGGCUUCCUCAAAUGGCUUUGGCUCUAGCACCAGCUCUUCAGGAUCUCCAUGUGGGGCAUGCAAGUUUCUCCGCAGAAAAUGUACAUCUGAAUGCAUAUUUGCACCUUAUUUUUGCUGUGAACAAGGACCUGCUAGAUUUGCAGCCAUUCAUAAAAUAUUUGGUGCUAGCAACGUUUCCAAGAUGCUAUUGCAUAUACCUCCUCAAGAUCGUUAUGAUGCUGUUGUCACAAUUGGUUAUGAAGCUCAAGCUCGUAUUAUAGAUCCUGUUUAUGGCUGCGUCUCCCAUAUUUUUGCUUUGCAGCAACAGGUAGCAAGCUUGCAAGCACAACUGAUGCAAGUGAAGGCACAGCUGAGUGAAAACCUGGAGGAGUCAAAGAACAUAGAGAAUCAGUGGUCAGGAAAUGUUGCUAGACCACAAAUACUCACAAACAUGAACCCUAAAUCUCCUAAGAGUUCGCUUGAGUCAAUUGAUUACAGCAGCUGCAGCAUCAGUGAUGGAAUCAGCAUGCAAGACAUACAAAGAUACAGAGAAGGUUUCACUUUCUCGUUGCAAGCUUAUUCUAAGAAAAAGAAUGAUUUGACUGAGCUUCAAGAACUGGCUCUAAGAAUGGCAGGGAACUAAAAUUAGUCUAAGCUAUAAUUAAAGUUUGUCUUAAAUCUUAACUGUCUUUAAUUUUCUUUCUUGAAGGAUUUACAUCGUUGGAUAUAUAUGUCGAGGAAUGCACAUUGCCUACAAUUCGUCAUCAUGUAGUUUUAUCAUCAGUUUCGCAUAUUUUUAGUAGUAAUCAGUGAAGAAUUAUGUUAUUUAAGACUGAAAUUUGGCAAUAUGUUAGACUUAGAUCAAAGCUAUCAAAAGAAGAGAAAAAAAAUUGGGUUGCUAAAGAUUUAAGGAAGUUACGGGGAAAAAUAGCCUAGUGAUUAGGACAAAUAGAUUGAUGUGCGAUUUUAUGAAAUUUUUAGUGAUUCAUUUUCAUUGUUGUGCGAAUAUGAUACGUUUUUGUAAUAGUCAGGUGAUUCAUUUAAAACGUUGUGCGAUUUUUGACACGGUUUAGAUUUCUUUAAAUAUCAACUUUCAAAAUUUUCGAAGAGAUUGUUAGAUUUUUGAGAGUUU